GCAAGGGAGAGCCCGUACCACUCCCCAUGGCGUCAAACACCUCGUACAGCCCGUCUCAAGGAGGAGAAGGGCCACCAGAGCCGCCGCUAGUCGAUGUCUACACCCAGCAGGUUGACGCUGUGUGGGAGCUGCUUCGCAAUCGUGGCGUGGUCUUUGGCGAUGCCGCCGAGGCCAUUCCAAGCCAAGACGGCUUUGACUCGUUUGCCGCCGGCUACGAGUGGAUGAUCGCCGCCAUGGCUCGCCGCAUUCCCGCUGCAUCGCUCAACUAUCCGCUCUGGGCUUGGCUCUCUCCGCCUACUUAUCCCGCCACAGAGCCCAGCGUCGUCAUCCACGCCCGCAUCCCGCCCGAUCGCCUGCUCGUCUCCGACUUUGCUGCCUGGGAUCAGAGCGUUCUCUACGGCUUUCCGGUCUCGCCCGACGGCCGCCCGCUUGAUGCCGCCGAUCCAGACGUUCCGCACUGCGACAUCGAGCGCUCGUGGGAGGCCAUAUUCAUCGACACGCUGCCGCCGCCGCAUGGCGUCAACGCCCAGGUCGUCCUCGACGGGCUGUACCUGCACGAGGUUGUCGGCGUGCAGCGGCUGCCGGUCGUCGACGCCACCUCACCCGACGCUCAUCAAGCCACCGUCCCGCCCAUCGGGGACGCCGCCGCCGAGAUGGAAGACGUUGAGGCUUCCCGCGCUGCCGCCGGGGCCGCUGCGUCGACGCUGUGCGAGCUCCGCCGAAGCUAUGAGCAGCGAGUCUGCAACGCGCUGACAGCCCACUCGAUGGUCCGCGACGCGUGUGUCGCCAUCCGCGACGCCGCUUAUCUUUACAUGAAGGAGCGAGCCGAGAUCGGCCCACCGCUCGACGAGCUCCUCGCCCUCACCGCCACCCCGCUCGACCUGCCGUUCUCCGGCCGGGUCGGCGCAGAUCCAGCCCGCCUCCGCGCCGUGUGGGAGGGCGAUACCCGCGUGGUGCCCGACGCCGACACCGUCCGCACACUCCUCACCCACUUUCACUGCUUUAUCACCCGCAUCCUCGCGCCCGACCUCGUCUCCCUCGAGCAUGCCGCGCUCAACGACAUUGCGACGCGCUGCGGCUGGGACCUCGAGCUGCUGGCCAAGCUCCACAGCGCAGACUAUCCGUCCGGCGAGGAGCUGGCCCGGAUGACCCGCCACAGGCUCACCCGCGCCCAGAACGCCAUGCGCGCUGCCACAGGCGUCAGCGAGCGCGAUGCAUGGUCACAUGCCUCCCGCGCAGCCUUUGCCGCAGUCGGCGGCUCGCUCACCGCCUGGGAGGAGCAACUGGAGUCGCCGCACGGCCCACUCGCUGUGCCCUGGAUCGACGCUGCGCGGCUGUGCACCCUCAUCGCCGCAAACAAGACCGUCCGCGUUCUGGCCAACCUCGGCAUCCCGCUCGUCACCGGCGUCUCCGGCUGCACGCUUCGGUACAUGACCUUUGGCGGCCUCAUAGCACCGCGGGUCGCGCCCGCUCUUAUCCGCGCCGCCUCGCUCGCCUUCCUCGUCCCAACCGGCGCACAUACCUUCUACGAGGUUGCAGCUGCAGCAACGGCCGCCGCCGGCGGUCGCGCCGCCCUCCGCUACCCGCGCUCGCACGCAUGA